AUGGAUAGUUCAUUAGGUGAACGAAGCCAUAAACCCAAAUUUGGAAUGAUGUUCAAGUCUGCUGAAAAUGCAUAUGACUUUUACAAUGCAUACGGACGUGAAGUUGGAUUUAGUGUGAGAAGGGAUUAUUCCAAUAAAAACUAUAAAACUGAAGAAAUUAGUUCUGCCCAAUUUGUAUGUUGCAAGGAGGGUUAUAGAGGAAACGAUAAAAGGGACCAUCUUACAAAAGAAGCUAAGGCAGAAACAAAGGUCGAAUGUGGUGCAUUCAUGUAUAUAAAUUUUGAAAGGGAGGAAGGAAUAUAUUUCGUAGACAGAAUUGAAGAGAAGUACAAUCAUAAACUUAUUAGAAAAGAUUGCACUCAUUUGAUGCCUUCCCAACAGAACAUCUUUGUACCUCAAGCAAUUGACAUCGAGUUGGCAAAUGAUUCUGGACUACCAGUUGGUUCUUCAUAUGAACUAAUGGGACGACAAUCCGGGGCAAGAGAAGCGUUUGGGUUUACAAAAUUGGACAAAGAUGACUUGAUAACCAAUAAAUUUUGGGCCGAUGUAAGGAUGAUUAUUGACUAUGGUCAUUUUGGAGAUAUUGUGUCAUUCGACACAACAUACACGGUGAAUAAUGUGAAUCGACCAUUUGCUGUUUUUGUUGGUUUGAAUCAUCACAAAGAAACAGUUACAUUUGGAGGUGUUUUGAUGUAUGAUGAGACAGCGGAUUCAUUUGUGUAG